CAGUGCGUUACACUCCAACGAGUACUUCUUUCUAGUGUUAUUGAGGUCCAUACAAGUGGUUAAUGGACAAAUCAGGUCCUGUUGUUCGGUGGGCUGCCAAUCUAUCAACAAGAACCACAGAAGGAUAUCAAAUAGCACGGUUGACACUGUUCACCAAAGGAACCAAGAUGACUUCGAGGGAGCAAAGUGGACAGCCCGUCCAUAACGUCAUCAUAUUUGGGGAAACCGGCGUUGGGAAGAGUUCCCUCGUUAACCUGAUAGUCGGGUCGAACGGAGCAGAGACAUCUUCUGAUGCAGUUGCGUGCACCGCACGUAAUCAGGGAUACGAGGUGACCAUAAAUAAUCGGAAGUUCAGAGUAUGGGAUACCGUUGGGCUGGAUAGUGGGACGUUCAACUGGUUACCCGCUACCUUCGCAGAGAGGCCCCUGAAGCGUUUUCUAUCGAAGUUAUUCAAGAAAGGAGAAGUGGACCUUCUGGUCUAUUGCGUACGUGCUUCGAGAGCCACGCGAGCCCUUGUUCGGCAUUAUCAGACUUUCUACUCCACAGUAUGCAGGGCUGCUGUCCCUGUGGUCGUGGUUAUAACCUGCCUCGAAAACUCUUCAGGAGAAAUGGAUAACUGGUGGACAAAGAACGCGGGGAAUUUCCGCAAUUGUGGCAUGUAUUUUGCUGGCCAUGCAUGCGUAACGACGUUGGCCGACGAACAUUGUGACUCUGCAAUGUUGCAGGAACGUCGUGCAUCCUCUCGACGGGCAGUUCAUGACCUGAUAUCUAGAACCUGUGUCCCCUAUGAAUCGCACCUAGCAUCGGGAAACACAAGCCAAACACAACAGCGGAAUGCCUCCGGGUUUCUGUCAUCUAUAAUGCCAUGGCUACGAUCAGGGACUACACCGCAACGAUAGUUCUGGUCUGUGAGAUGGGUAUGUGGUCGUAGUUUUAUUCUUCGUUUGGAGAUUGGCUGCUUGGAUUGUGGGUACGAAAUAUUUAGACAUGUAUCUUGACGUGGUUUUUAAAUGACCGUUCAGCGUUCAACGUUUCAACCCCAGUUGUGCCGACCAUCCAAUACAUGGCUGGGAGACUAUGACCCACUGGCGUUGCGGGUGCGAUGACUGACCAACGGACGUGGCUGCAGACCCGCUGGUAAGUUGUCAUAAGGCACGAAAUUAACCAACAUAAGUGAGUCUGUACAUGUCCAUGGGCCAUAAGCCUAUUAACACAUAGUGUGUAAUCUGGUAUCCU